AUGGCCACCUCUACUCCGCCUCCCGAAGACUCUUCAUACACCAAGAUGGAUACAGCGGACCUCGAGUCAAUCGGCGCCCGCUGCCAAUUCGCCUACUGCCAUCAACUCGACUUCCUCCCCUUCCGCUGCGACUCCUGCAAAUCCACCUUCUGCCUCGAUCACCGCUCCGAACUAGCCCACAGAUGUACCCACGCCGGCGAAUGGGCGAAGAACCGACGGAAAAACUCCGUGGGCAAGGUCAACAACACCACAAGCAGCGCACCCGCUCUCCACGGCCUCACCCCAACCCAGUGCUCAGAAACGCAAUGCAAAACCACCAUCAACACCAUCCAAAACACCGGUUCCCGCUGCACCAACUGCAACCGGCAAUACUGCCUCAAACACCGGUUCCGCGAAUCCCACAACUGCGCCGCCAUCGCCCCCCUCGUCGCGCGCCAAUCCUCCUCCUUCAACCCGCUCGAAACCCAAGCCGAAAAAGUGCGUCUCGGCUUCUCGCGCCUCCGCUCCUGGGGCAAAGAGAAACAGGAAACUCUCAAGCCGAAACCGAAACCCACCAGCCGCGCCGCCCAGCUCGUGGCGCUGAACACGCUCAAGAAGAGCGCCAAAGGCGACGACAAACUCCCGCUUGAGAAGCGCGUCUACCUGCACGUCGAAGCCGAGGCCGCGACAACCACCAGCAAGCUGCCCAAGGCGGAGCUGUAUUUCAGUUCGGACUGGAGUGUCGGACGCAUGUUGGAUGAAGCGGCCCGGAGGCUGCAGGUGGCCAAUGUGAAUAAUCGGGUGGAGACGGAGGAGCAGAGGUUGCGGGUCUACCAUGUGGAGGGCGGGAGGUUAUUGGAGUUCAGCGAGAAGUUAGGAGUGGGCGUGCAGAGUGGCAAUACGGUUGUCCUGCUCAGGGGGGUGGGACCGGCGGUGCCGGAUCUGAUCGAGGCUUGA